GGGGUGGGUGCAUUGUGGGACCCCAGAACCCAGCCGUCGCGAUGGCCGGGGGACAUUUCAAAAUCGAAGUUCCCCCUCAAGGAGGUGGGGGUUUUGUGUGUGUAUCCACCCCAGACAGGCGGGGAGGGGAAUGUGCCCAGCGGUUCUAGGGUCCCCUGUGAGCCUGAUGUGACUGUGGUUGUGUCUUUGUUGGAAAACUUGUGCCGAGGGCCACAUCACCAUGUGGCAAAAUGAUGGGUGCUCAUCAGUCACUGCGGCCACAUUUAUCCAUCCCGGUUUGUUCCAGGGGCUGGCAUCGCCAUGUGAGUGAGUGAGGAGCUAUGUCUGAUGCUUCUCCGUUCAUCGAGGGGUUUAUGUGGGGGGGCCCGAGACUGUGGGUGUGUGUCUUUGUGCAGAAGACACGCCGCCUGUCUUGUGAGUGCCCAUAUUGUCUCUCUUUGUUAAUGUCACUGUGAAUCUGUGUGAGUGUGUGUCUCCCCGGGGUCUGUGUCUGGGGUGUGUGGCUGUGUGUGUCCCGCAUGUGUAUGUGAAGGGCCCAAGGGUUCUUUCCACGCGAUUGGCAGUGUGCGCCCUGGGCAUGGGGGUGUGGGAUGUGGUCUGUGUUCAGAGUUGGGGUGCUAACAGGGAAAGCGUGAGCAGGGGCUGAAGUCCCCAAUAGGCAGCCCAUCUCCCUUUCUCCUCCACGGAGUUCCACACUCACACUCAUGCACACUAAUACACCCUGACUCUCAGGUCAGAAACACACCCAUGUGUGCACAGCCCCUGCCAAGGGUCACUCAAACCCACACAUCCACAGAUCUCACUAGGUCCCAUGUGCUCCACCUGGUGCAUGGAGCUGCUAUGGGCCCGCAAACACGGCAUGCACACACCACAGGACACAACUGCCUGCACACCUGUGCCAGGACACAACACCCCAGACACACACCCAGUCACACUCACAAAUGCCCAUUGGCAAACUCACCCUCAGUGCUGACUGAGACUGGAGGUGGGAGUGAAGUGAAGGAGGGGACACACACACACACACACACACAGACUCAUACACACACACACUCAUACACACACAUUCACAUUGAUCGGAGCUGCCCCUCCUCCAGCACCCCGCAGGCCCCUGCUUGCAUAUGCAUGAGGCUCUUACAUUAUUCAUGAGGGCACGGGCCCCAGACAGCUGUGUAAAUGCUCAUCUCUGGCCGCCCUGGGGAGGAGGUAUUUUAAGAGAAGGGUGUGGGUGUGUGAGGGUGCAAGUGGAAGGGAGUGGGAGGGUGUGUGGGGGGUGUGUGCACCUGAAACUGUGUCUGUCACCAUGUUGGGCAACCUCAAUAUAUUUUUAGUGUAUACAUGCGGCUUUGUGUCUAAAGAGCUGUUUUUAAAUUUAACAUUUCUAGGACUUUACAAGUCUUAGGUCAUUUCAUUCUUGCAGUAGCUGUAGGCGGUACUUGCUGGAUGAUAUCCAUUUUAGAGGUGGGGAAACUGAGGCACGGAGUGAUUGAAGCAGCUUGUCCUGAGUUAGAAGCAGGGCUAUCUGGAUAUAGUCUGUCCUCUUAAGUGUGUGUGUGUGUGUGUGUGUGUGUGUGUGUGUGAAUUUUCUGGCCUCGUCCCCUCCUAAAGCCCUGUUGGGGGCAGGUGCAACCUGCAGUCCUGUCUCUCUCUAAUACCUGGCCAGGCCUGAAACAGCCAUGAUGGGACCCCACACUUGCUCGGGGUUCUAAGGGGAAGAAACAAAAACACCCUGAGAUGAAGGCAGAGGUUGCUGAGGUUUACAAGUUGGUAGUUGGGGGCACAGGCCCAGGGUCUGGCCUUGACCUCUAUCCUGCUGUGCAGCCUGAGGCAAACCUCUAGCCCUCUCUGGUCCCUGAGGCAUCUUGCUAGCUGGCGGGAGGCAGGGGCAGACCAGGUGGACUUUGCUGUUGCGUUGCUGCCUCAGAAGUUCAGCACCACGGACAGGUCCUAGGCCGGCCUCCCAGCCGGGAGGGAAAACUGGGGAAGGGGACAGCUGUCCUCCACAGCCUUCCAUUCUGGACUCCGUUCACACCCCCUCCUCAGGGAUAAUUUCUUAUGGGGGCGGGGUGCAAGAGCUGGGUUUGCAGAUGAUGUUCUAAUUUCCCAUCUGCGCCCACCUCCUGAGCCCUGGUGAGGGGGAUUCACAGGGGUGGGAGGUUUUGGUGAGGGACCACCUCCCCCGGAUUUCUAGGCUCUGGAAGAAUGUGAGGUCAGCGAAUGCACUGCUGUGUUCCAACGACUGGCAUGGGCUUUGCUCACAGUAGGUGCUUAAUAAUUGUCCACUUUAUGCCCAUGGGUCCUAGCCCCUGUAGAGAAUUGGACCCACAACUGAAAUUUCUCUGUGGACCUAAGAAGCAUCUUUUGUUGGGCCUUGUGAAGUCAGGGGGAGGAUGGGUGGGCAGGGGUGAGCCCCUUCCUCCAGCUGGGAGUUGGCGGCUCCUCCAAAAAUCCCAGAAACCAAGAAUAGAAUCUUGGUGACAACCAAAUCCUGGAAUUGAAGCUGCGAAUCGUGUCAGCCAGCAAACCCAGAUUAAAGGAUGGCUUGGAGGCCAGCCUGCUGCCUGGACUGGGGAUGCUGGGAGGACCGGGACUGACUGGUGCCCUCUAGCAGCCGCCAGUCUGAUGGAGGAGGCUGACUUGAAAAGUGGUAUUUCAAUCUUGGCUGUGUUAACAAAGGAAGGCACAGAGAAGGUCCAGGAUGGGGACCACGUUUGUCUGGGCCUCAGGCCUUUUGAUGCUGCAGAUGCUGCUCUUUGUGGCUGGGGAACAGGGCACACAGGAUAUCGCCGAUGCCAGCGAAAGGGGGCUCCACAUGCAGAAGCUGGGGUCUGGGUCAGUGCGGGCUGCGCUGGCAGAGCUGGUGGCCCUGCCCUGUCUCUUUACCCUGCAGCCACGGCCAAGUGCGGCCCGAGACGCCCCUCGGAUCAAGUGGACCAAGGUGCGGACUGCGUCGGGCCAGCGACAGGACUUGCCCAUCCUGGUGGCCAAGGACAACGUUGUGAGGGUGGCCAAAAGCUGGCAGGGACGAGUGUCGCUGCCUGCCUACCCCCGGCACCGAGCCAACGCCACGCUACUGCUGGGACCGCUGAGGGCCAGCGACUCCGGGCUGUACCGCUGCCAGGUGGUGAGGGGCAUCGAGGAUGAGCAGGACCUGGUGCCCUUGGAGGUAACAGGUGUUGUGUUCCACUACCGGGCAGCCCGGGACCGCUACGCGCUGACCUUCGCUGAGGCCCAGGAGGCCUGCCGUCUCAGCUCAGCCAUCAUCGCAGCUCCCCGGCAUCUACAGGCUGCCUUCGAGGACGGCUUCGACAACUGUGACGCUGGCUGGCUCUCUGACCGCACUGUUCGGUAUCCUAUCACCCAGUCACGACCUGGUUGCUAUGGCGACCGUAGCAGCCUUCCGGGGGUUCGGAGCUAUGGGAGGCGCAACCCACAGGAACUCUACGAUGUGUAUUGCUUUGCUCGGGAGCUGGGGGGCGAGGUGUUCUACGUGGGCCCGGCCCGCCGCCUGACACUGGCUGGCGCGCGCGCGCAGUGCCGCCGCCAGGGUGCCGCGCUGGCCUCGGUGGGACAGCUACACCUGGCCUGGCACGAGGGCCUGGACCAGUGCGACCCCGGCUGGCUGGCGGACGGCAGCGUGCGCUACCCGAUCCAGACGCCGCGCCGGCGCUGCGGGGGCCCAGCCCCGGGCGUGCGCACCGUCUACCGCUUCGCUAACCGGACCGGCUUCCCCUCGCCAGCCGCGCGCUUCGACGCCUACUGCUUCCGAGCUCAUCACCCCACAUCACAACAUGGAGACCUAGAGAGCCCAUCCUCUGGGGAUGAGGGGGAGAUUGUAUCAGCAGAGGGGCCCCCAGUUAGAGAACUGGAGCCCACCCUGGAGGAGGCAGAGGUGGUCACCCCUGACUUCCAGGAGCCUCUGGUGGCCAGUGGGGAAGAAGAACCUCUGAUUCUGGCAGAGAAGCAGAAGUCUCAAGAGACCCUCAGCCCUACCCCUGGGGAGCCCAUGCUGGCCUCAUGGCCCACUGGGGAAGUGUGGCAGAGCACGGUGGCCCCCAGCCCUAGCGACAUGGGGGCAGACACUGCAUCUGGUUCACAUACAGAGGUGGCCCCAACUGGCCCCACGCCCAGGAGGAUGGGGCGCUUCAAAGGGUUGAAUGGGCGCUACUUCCAGCAGCAGGAACCGGAGCCAGGGCUGCAAGUGGAGAUGGAGGCCGGUGCCCAGCCCCCCACCCCAGAGGCUGCAGGGAACCACUUGGAACCUCCGUUGGCUGUCACAGAGGCUUUGGGCAGUGGGCGGAGCCGGAGCCCCUGGGCCGAUCUGACCAAUGAGGUGGACAUGCCUGGAGCUGGUUCCGCUGGUGGCAAGAGCUCCCCAGAGCCCUGGCUGUGGCCCCCGACCGUGGUCCCACCCAGCAUCUCAGGCCAAAGCAGGGCCCCUGUCCUGGAGCUAGAGAAAGCUGAGGGCCCCAGUGCCAGGCCAGCUACCCCAGACCUGUCUUGGCCCCAGUCAGAGGUCACCGUCCCAGCUCCCGGCCCUGCCCCCUGGGAGGCAUCCCCAGUGCUCCCCUCCCCAGAUCUCCCUGUCAUGGCCAUGCUGCGUGGUCCCAAACAGUGGCUGCUACCAUUCUCCACCCCCACCUCCACCGAGGCCGAUAGGGUUGAAGGGCAUGGUGAGGCCACGGCCACGGCUCUGCGAUCCCCUGCUGCAGAGACCACGGUGUAUUCCCUCCCUCCCUCGAGCCCGACAGGACAGGCAGAAGAGCCCACGCCCACAACAUCUCAGUCCCCCAGGGUGGACUUCAGAGAAACUGGGGAGACCAGCCCUGCCCAGCUCAACAAAGCUGAGCACCCCAGCUCCAGCCCAUGGCCUUCUGUGGACAGGAAUGUGGCUGCAGAUUUUUUCCCCACUGCGACUGCCACUGAGCCCACCACUGAGCCCAUGGGCCUCAGGGGCAUCUCGGGGUCCGAGUCUGGGGUCUUCAACACAGCAGAAAGCCCCACUUCUGGCUUGCAGGCCACUGUAAAUGAGGUGCAGGACCCCUGGCCUUCAAUGUAUAGUAAAGGGCUGGAUGCAAGCCCCUCAUCUUCCCCCGCGGGGAGCCCUGGAGUCUCCUUGAUACCCAAAGUCACCCCAUCUUGGGUUGCUACAGAUGAAGGAGCCACUGUGAAGCCCAUGGGUUCCACAGUCACGCUGGCCCCCAGUGAUGCUAGUGGAAUUUGGGGACCUGGAUCCCAGCUGUUUGAAGAAGCGGAAAGCACGACCUUGAGCCCUCAGGUGGCCCUGGAUCCAAGCAUUGCGACAUUCCUCACCACCUUAGAGCAGGGGGACAAGGUUGGGGUUCCAGCUGUGUCUACGCUGGCCUCCUCAAGCUCCCAACCCCACCCAGAGCCAGAGGACCAGGUGGAGACCCAGGGAACAACAGGAGCUUCAGCGUCUCUGCAUCAGAGCAGCCCCCUGGGGAAACCAGCUGUGCCUCCUUGGACACCGACUGCAGCCAGUGUGGGUGAGGCUGCCUCAGUUUCCUCAGGGGAGCCUACAGUGCCAUGGGACUCCUCCAGCACCCUGCUGCCUGUCACCCUGGGUACAGAAGACUUCGAACUGGAGGUCCUGGCAGGGAGCCCAGGCAUAGAGAGCUUCUGGGAGGAGGUGGCUAGUGGAGAGGAGCCAGCCACCCCAGACCUGCCAGGGACCCCAACGAAUGAGGGUGAGGAGGAAGCCCCCUUGGAUCCCUGUGAGAACAACCCUUGUCUUCAUGGAGGGACGUGUAAUGCCAAUGGCACCAUGUAUGGCUGUAGCUGUGAUCAGGGCUUCGCUGGGGAGAACUGUGAAAUUGACAUCGAUGACUGCCUCUGCAGCCCCUGUGAGAAUGGAGGCACCUGUAUUGAUGAGGUCAAUGGCUUUGUCUGCCUUUGCCUCCCCAGCUAUGGGGGCAGCCUUUGCGAGAAAGACACUGAGGGCUGUGACCGCGGCUGGCACAAGUUCCAGGGCCACUGCUACCGCUAUUUUGCCCACCGGAGGGCCUGGGAAGAUGCAGAGAGGGACUGCCGCCGCCGUGCCGGCCACCUGACCAGCGUCCAUUCACCGGAGGAGCACAGCUUCAUUAACAGCUUUGGGCACGAAAACACGUGGAUUGGCCUGAAUGACAGGAUCGUGGAGAGGGAUUUCCAGUGGACGGAUAACACCGGGCUGCAAUUUGAGAACUGGCGAGAGAACCAGCCAGACAAUUUCUUCGCGGGUGGCGAGGACUGCGUGGUGAUGGUGGCGCAUGAAAGCGGGCACUGGAAUGAUGUCCCCUGCAACUACAAUCUACCCUAUGUCUGCAAGAAGGGCACAGUGCUCUGCGGUCCCCCUCCAGCAGUGGAGAAUGCCUCACUCAUCGGUGCCCGCAAGGCCAAGUACAAUGUCCACGCCACUGUAAGGUACCAGUGCGAUGAAGGAUUUGCCCAGCACCAUGUGGCCACCGUCCGAUGCCGGAGCAAUGGCAAGUGGGACAGGCCCCAGAUUGUCUGCACCAAACCCAGACGUUCACACCGGAUGCGGCGACACCAUCACCACCACCAACGCCACCACCAGCAUCACCACCACAAAUCGCGCAAGGAGCGCAGAAAACACAAGAAACAGCCCACGGAGGACUGGGAGAAGGACGAAGGGAAUUUCUGCUGAAGAACCAGGCUAGAGAAAGCACAACAUUCUUCCCACACCUCCUCUGGAGCCUUCACCUGGGGAGACAGAACCCAGAGAGAAACGAGAGAGUCCAGAAGUCCCCGAACCCAAACCACAUCCCCCCACGCAUAAUCCUUUGUACAAAGCUCCUCUUUCCCCCCUUUUUACGUACACAAGAUCCUCUUGGCAGGUGGAGCCAGGUGUCUGAAAAGUCCAUUCUCAUCUGGCCGAACUCUGGGAGCAUCUCCCAGCUGAAGGAAGCACAAGUGGCAAAGCUCAUUGGUCUGGUCUCUUUUUUGCCAGGCUGACUGAAGCAGGCUUUGAUGAGGGUGCAUGAGUGUAUGUUUGCAUUCACACAAAGGAAUUGCUUUUCACACCAGAGAUUCAGACUCAGUCAAUGUUGGCAGAAUUCCUAAAUCCAGGAAGAAGCCUGGACAUAGGGUCAUUAGCUUUGGGAAUAGAAGGCUACACAGAAGCACACUGUUUUUGAACUUGACGACAACUCUCCCUUUACCCUGGACUUCAGCCCAAGUUCCGCCUUUGGUCUUGGUGGAUAAACAUGUAUAGUGUGGAAAUCCUAUGUACUGCAUUUUAGGGAUGUCUUUCGAACAACCUCCCUCCAUGCCUUCAGAGUUAAGAGUGAGAAUAAUCAAAGCAAUAUGUAGGUGAUUAGGGAGAGUGUAUUGCUAACCUUUCCAGGUCUAGUCCAGUGCUGAGAUUUGGUGGUUCUGUGUGGGUGGUGAAUCUCUUUCGCACAAAUAAACAAGAGGAUGUUUAGGGCUAGAUGAGUCCAGAUUUCUUCCCCCUCCAUCUCUCAGGGAGACAAAGAACCUCCUUCCUGGAUCAAGGAGGUGCUGCCAAGUUUUCUAGCCCAGUGCCCGUACCCAGUCCCAAGCAGACAUUGGUAGUGCCCCUGCCCUGGGUCCCACCCCUUCCCCACCCCAUUCUUGUCCUCAGCCAUUGCCUGGUGGUCUAGAAACACUUAAAACUUGAAGUAGUGACACCUACCUGCAGUCAUAUUGUAGAGAGAUGCUCAAUUUUAAAACUGAAACACACACACACACACACAUUUUUCUCUUGUAGAUUUUAAUUUUUUAAGUGGAAAAAAACUCACUUUGCCUUCCUCCCCAACAUGUGCAACCUAUAAAAGGUCUCUCCACACCAGAGGCCAGGAUCCAGUUCCCUCGUCUCUGGCAGGAAAGAUCCACAGUUUUCCUCCAUGUCUCUUACCCACUUUCAACCUCUCCAGUCUGGGUAAAAUCUGUGGAUCAGGGUUAAAAACCACAGUGGAGAAUAGCCCUCUGCAGGAAAGAAAAAUAAGCAAAUACAUGGUCCACCUAGAGGUUCAGUAAAGAAAGAAAUGUGUUAACUGGACCUGAAUCUCUUCUGGGAAGUAAUUAUGACCAUUGCCAACUAAGAGGUAGACACCGUGCUAAGGACUUACAUACAACCUCCUUGAAUCUUUUCAAGAGCCUAUUGACUUCGAGACUGUGACAUUCCCAUUUUACACACAGUGAAACUGAGGCUCAGAUAUAAAGGAAAGGUACUGGCUUGAAAUCACAGCCAAGACAGGAGUAAGAAUUUGGAGUAAGAAUUUGGUCCAUACUCUGGCUCUCCCUACACUUUCUAUCCAUCAUCAAAUCCUACUCCAAAUCUGGGAGUCAGAGCCAACUCCUGUCUUGGCUCUGACCCCAAUCCUGGUCUGGACUCUGGAGAGCAGACUGACACAUAAUUGCACCCUCACACACAUUUAGGAAAUGGUUAAGAAGUGUAAACUGAUCCCUUACAUUUGUCUUCAAUCUUCCUCGCUGUAGACAUCUAUCUUGUUAUGAUUAUUCAGAAGGACCAGGGACAUAGGUUUGUCUUCUUACUUUGAUAACUCUUCUUAGUUUAAAUUAGUAAUAAUAACACAUCUUCAGCCAUCCAUGUCACACAGAAAUUUUUCUUUGUUUGCGGGGGGCUGGGGAUGCAAUGUUUUCUGGGGGGUCUUUGUUUAUGCUCCCUGCCCUCAAGCCCCUCAACCAUUUGCCCUGCUCCCACCUCUGCUUCACGGUGGAGGGGGCUUUGGUCUUUCCUAAUGUGGGCAGUUUGUCUUUUGACCUUUCCCUUUGGGAUGUGCGUGUGUGUCUGCGUGUGCCACGUGCGUGGCAUGCAUAUAAGUGUGUGCGUGUGAACGGCUUUGGGUCCUGCUGGUUUUGCUGUGAGCUGCAGUGUUCUGUGGGUCUGUGGCAUCUGACACUGUGGACAUUAAUGUACUUCUUGGACAUUUUAAUAAAUUUUUUAACAGUU